AUGAACGACGCGGCGAAAUUCUUCAUCUCCCUCACGAGAUCGGACGGCGCGGCUACUCAACCUUUCUUCUCCGAUCGAACAUCAACCUCCAGUGUCGAAGCUCCGCUCACCUCUGUCACGUUUCGUUCUCAUCUCUCUUGCGAUUCCGGAUUUAGCGCAACACUAAAUCGAUCGGUGAAACACGUAGGCUUACUUGCAAUGAUCCGAAAAAUGAAGAAGAGAAAACCAAAUAGGAGUUUCCACAGGUACGAAAUUGCUCAUGCCUUUCUUCUUGUUCUUGUGCUAUCUUUUCUUUCUUCUGCUUCUAAUUCUGCGAUUCUGAGAUUCUGUGCGUGUGUUGUUGAGGGUCGAAGAUGA